AUGGCUUUGUGUCCACUCACAUCCACACAAGUUUUGGAGUUCUUGCCUUUGAACACUUGGACCGAGGUUUAUUUGCAACCAAGCAAUUUUAAAAAUGUAUCUUUUGUUUCAACCUAUCACAAAAUGGAAAAGCGAAAGAAAGACAUGCAAUCAAUUUCAUUACAGAGUAGCUUAUUUAAUAGAGUUACACAAUAUGAAGAAUUAAAAUUAGUGGCUGUUGAAAUUGAUGGCAAAUGGUACAGAGGGAAACUAAUUAGUUUCAAUGAAUUUUUAACUGACAAUACCAUGAUUCAACUAAUUGAUUAUGGCAAUUUUUAUGAAACUAAAUUAGAAAAUCUGUUUGUCCUUCCAUAUUAUUUUUUCUAUGAACCAUUAGUUUUACCAGUCACAUUCAAAGAUUUUAUUCCGAAGAAAACAAUAUUUUCUAUAAAACCCCUCCUGUCAGAGAGUAAUCUAUAUGAUGGAGAUGUUCUUGUCCAUGUUCACUGCAAUGAUACAAAGUUGGAAAAUUGUGUUAAUGAAAAACAAUUAUUAGAAUCAAAAAAAGACAUUAACUCUGCUAAUGAUUCAAAAGUUAUAAGUGUAAAAAAUAAUAUAACUAAUGGUCAUGAUAAUAAUGAAUCAAGAACUUUAAGAAGAGGUAAUUUCAUUAGCGAAGAAAAACUGAACAAUGUGCCAUUAAAAAAUGAGGACCAUUGCAUUUUGACUUAUUUUGAAGAUUUUACUUGUCUGUAUAUUGGAAAAGCUAUACAACGUGACAAUGAUGGCCGUUACGAUUUUGUUGAUAUCAAUACUUUAUCAAACACUGCUGAGAGUACAGAUAAAAUACCAAAGUGUAAUCCAGAUGUAGGAGACGUGGUCAAAGUUUUUUCAUCUGAAAAUGAUGGCUUAUUAUUUAGAGCAAAAAUAUUAAAAAAUAAUAAAGGUUGUUAUGAUGUUUUCUACAUUGAUUAUGGAAACAUUGAAACAGUUUCGUCAAAUGUUAUUUAUGAAUUGGCUGAUGAAUUGAAGAAGAAGCCUGGAAUAGCUAUUAAAAUAGGACUCAGUGAUUUAAAAGAUAUUCAAACAACUAAACAAAUUAAAGAUAUGUUUCAAACAUUUUGUGACGUUGGAAAGCCAUUUAUGAUUAAGUUCAAUGAAAACUCUAAAAAUUGUCUAGAAAAUGUGAAAUUAAUAGAUAUAGAAAAUGGAUCGUAUAUUAAUUUUGAAUAUUUAAUGAAACAUACAGCAACACAGACUGAAGAAUCUAUUCAAAUACCACAAAACCUUACUGAAAACGAGACAGUGCUGAUAAACACACCAGAACUAGAAGUCACAUCAAAUAUUGAACUGAAAACUGGCAAUACCGUUUUUUGUUCAAACAUGGUUUCAAAUAAAUGGCAAAGUGGUGAUCAUGUUGAAUUUCUGUAUGGAGAUAAUGUCGAUGAUAUUAUUGUAAGAAAUAUAAAAUUAUAUGAAAAAUUUAAAAAUGUGUUGGACCAACUAAAAGAAGAAAAUUUUGAACAUUACAAACCAAUAGUCGCAAAGACUCGUGCAGAUGUGGCAGUAUAUUCUGAAAUGGAUAGAGGGAUUUAUAGAGCUAAGGUCUUGAUGACAGAUUCUGACAAUACAAAUAUGGUAAAAUGUACUUUAAUUGAUUUUGGUAAAGUUGAUAUAAUUCCAACUAAAAAUAUAUUUGCAUUGCCUAACUAUGUUUCAUUAAGAAAAAUACCAACAAUGGUUCGUAGAGUUUCACUGAUGGGUGUACACAAGAAGACCUCAAAUAUUAAUAUGAUAAUCCAAUAUCUAUCUUCAUUGACAGGAAAAACAUAUGUUAUGGAAUACUAUAAAAGACCUGGAAAAUUUAAUAGACAAGAAGUCGUAUUAAAAGAAUUACAAAGCAGAGUGUCUCUUAAUGAUGAAAUCCAAAGUUUUGUUAAAAUUAAUCAUCUCACAGGGAAAAUUUUCUUCAGCACAGUAGAUUGA